UGCACACAUACAACAUGUUAAAGGGGCGAGGACACACACGUCCCCCUCACAACAACGUGGAAGUGUGUUUGUAGUCUAAUAACUUCGAUGAUGACGCAGGUCGCGCAGCACGCUUUUGGAACAGGGUGGUGUUCAUAUUCGUAGUCAUGGAGACUACGCAGUUUAAUUUUCCAGAGGGAUCUAAUAACUAAUGCAAAGUUUGGCCAUUUAGAUACAGCACCUGAGGUUUAUUUUUGAUUUUUAAAACCGCAUUUGAGGGUCAUGUCGAGUAUUUAUUGAAGUGGAAGGGGUGGCCUCCCAAGUACAGCACAUGGGAGCCAGAGGAGCACAUUCUAGACCCUCGACUGGUUUUAGCGUAUGAGGAAAAGUGAGCAGUUAUAAAAAUGAAAUUUCCUUAUUCAUUCUUUCUUUCACUUUCAGCCACUAAUAUAUUAAUUCAUCCACACUGCGUUUACUCAUUAUUUCUAAUUACAAACAGAGAACAGAGAGAAAGGUCAGUGAGGUGUCGUAAAAGAGGCCCGAAACCGAAAAGACUCUUCAUGCAGCAGAAUAUUUAUGCAAUGGAUCUGCGAAGCGCACACAAAGAUGCAGAGAAGUCUUCAGCACAUCUGCCGCUCUCGCUUGACCCAAGGUUCCAGUCCACAGGGGCUUGUAUAUAUCAACGAUUAACCCACCACAAGAAAAAGAAGAAAACAUCAAGAGAGACUUCUGAGGAAGAAUGGGAUAGAAGAGAAGAAGAAGAUGAUGACGAUGAUGAUGAGGGGGUUAUGGAGGAGGAGGAGGAGGAAGAAGAAGAAGAAGAGGACACAAGACAAGGAGGAAUUAAAACUGGCAGCAACACUUUAAACAAGCAUGUCAGGAGACGAUGCUGGAGUCCAACCACUGAAUCAGGGGCAAUGACUAUAUCUCCUUUACCUGAAGACUGGAGUCCAGUUAUGGGCCCAGAGGAGGUCAUUGUGACAGAUAUCACCAUCAACUCACUGACUGUGACUUUUAGAGAGGCCUUGGUAGCAAGGGGAUUCUUCAGGAGCUGGGAGAUGGAGAUCUAACGUUACAGAGACUGAGGGUGGUCAGAAUGAGAAUUGGUACAUCCCUUGUUUUGCAUUGUUGAUUAUGUGCUUGCACAACUUCCUCCAGUGUUUCAAUUACAUUUAUUUGCACUAUUAGUUCUAAUUGAGUUAAAAUGUUCCAAAAUGUUUCAGCAAUUACAAUCAAUCAAAAAAAGAAUACUGAUAGUAUGAUGAAACUGUAAACUAGUAUUGACCAUGAAACAAAUCAAGCCAGUUCUCUAAUACUGGAUUGCAGUGAAGUUUACAGAUUUAACUAAAUGGGUUAAACUUCAUUCGGUCUAGUCAUGUAUUUGCAUGAAAUACAUAAUGGUAGUUCAGAGUAAGCCACACAAUUAAGUAUUCCUAAAAGCAAAGUUGUCACAUACAUAUUUACAUUACAUGUAUGUAUGUAUGUGACCCUGGACCACAAAACCAGUCAUAAGGGUUUUUACAUCAUCUGAAAGCUGAAUGAAUAAGCUUUCCAUUGAUGUAUGGUUAGGAUAGGACAAUAUUUGGCCGAGAUACAACUAUUCGAAAAUCUGGAAUCUGAGGGUGCAAAAAAAAUCCAAAUAUUGAGAAAAUCGCCUUUAAAGUUCUUAGCCAUGCAUAUUACUAAUCAAAAAAUUAAGUUUUAAUAUAUUUACAGUAGGGAAUUUACUAAAUAUUUUCAUGGAACAUGAUCUUUACUUAAUAUCCUAAUGAUUUUUGGCAUAAAAGAAAAAUCUUUAAUUUUGACCCAUACAAUGUUUUUUUGGCUAUUGCUACAAUACUGGUUUUGUUGUCCAGGGUCACAUGGUAAACAUAUUCUAAUCUUGACCUUCAAUUUAAAUUGCACACCACCUCAUGCAGUAAAUUAGAAUUAGUGGCCUCCUGAUACUUAAAAUAUGUGAAAUACAAAAUACAGUGUUUCAACACAGUGUGCUGUCCUUGACACUUCAUAAACAAAAUAUUAUGGUUGUGGGGAAAAAAAAAACUGCACUCCUCAUCAUCGCACAAUUAUGUUGUAAUUGCGUAAUUAUGUGUAUGAAAUAAAGUUGCAUUUAAUUUUUUUUCCCAACACUUGCUAAUAUCUCAUCUAUUUGCAGUGUUUGUGCAAUUUUUUCAAGUAUGCACCAUCUUGCACAGUAGUCUACCAUGUUAGAUUUAACUUGACUACUGUUUAUAUUCGGUGUUAUUUUAGUCCAAGAGGAAAACUGAGACCUGAAGGCAAAAAAAUAUCGAUGAUUUCUAUAUCUAGGUGAAUGUAUAUUUAGCCUCUAGGAAUGUCCAUCUCUGGGGGCUCAACUGUUUAAUAGCUGACAUCAUGUGAACUGAAUAUAUUUGAGACUGUCUGUGCCAAAUGUCUGUGGUUGUUUUUGCUUAGAGUAUUUGCACUUUAAAAUGGAAAUCUUGGUAUUAUGAUGCCAUAAAUAAAAUCUUGGUGUAACUGUA